AUGACUACCACGAAGAGGAAGUAUCUGGGAGGCUCGGGCAAUGCCUUGACUGUUUGGAUUUCAUUGGCCGCUUCAACGGUCCUUGUCUUCUAUGGCUACGAUCAGGGCGUCUUCGGGAAUGUCCUCGUCGGCCAGAACUUUCUCAACCAGAUGGGCAACCCAUCGCCCAAGGACCAAGGCACUAUGACUAGUGUGUACAAUUUGGGGUGCUUCGGAGGGGCGCUCUCCACGCUCUAUACUGGCGACAAGCUCGGCCGACCACGAACUCUCCUGCUUGGUAGCUCCGUCAUCGCAAUCGGUGCGAUCGUCCAGACCGCCUGCUGGUCAAUGGGCCAAAUGAUGGCCGGCCGUGUGAUUGCUGGCCUGGGCACAGGAAUGAACACCGCCACCGCCGGUGUCUGGCAGUCCGAGACCAGCAAAAUGAGGAGCCGUGGUAAACUGGUCAUCAUCCAGAUGGCGAACUGCAUUACCGGAUUUUGUCUCUCGAACUGGUUGACGCUGGGUUUCUCCUUCGCCCCGGGCAGCGUCGCGUGGAGAUUCCCAUUAGCUUUUCAGAUUUUCUUCACGGGCCUCAUAUGGUUGAUGUGCCCCUGGCUUCCGGACUCACCACGUCUGUUGAUCCGUAAGGGCAGAUACGAUGAAGCUCUUGAAGUCCUCGCCGCUCUGGAGGGCAACGGCGCCACUCCAGAGUCCGCUUCCGUGCGGACUGAGUUCAACAUCAUUAAGGACGUUCUUGACCGUGAGACUGCGCUCAAAUAUACUUGGUGGCAGCUUCUCACUGGCCGUGGCCCGUCUGGUGUCGUCCGAAGAAUGAUCCUGGGAGCGUGGAUGCAGGCUAGUAAUCAGCUCAGUGUUAUUAAUUGUACCAGUUAUUUUCAAACAUACAUCUUCAUCCACGCCAUCAACCUAAACGAGCUGCUAGCCCGCAUCCUCACCGCCGCCGGUUCCGUCGACUACCUUAUCUUCAGCUUCUUAGCAUGGUUCGUGAUCGAACGCUACGGCCGCCGGCGAGUCAUGAUGGUCUCUGCUUUCGCCUGCUCGACAUGCUGGACCAUCAUCAGCAUCACGCUGGGCCUGUCCGAGACCGGCAAGGCGAAUCCUGCCGCCAUGGGCGCCGUCGCGACGACCGGGUUUUUCCUCUUUUUUGCGAGUUUCGGUAUGGGCGUCUUGGGAGUGCCCUGGCUCUAUCCAACCGAGAUCAACCACAUCAGCUUUCGGGCCAAGGGGGCCUCCCUCGCCAUGUCCACCAACUGGAUCAUGAACUACAUGGUCGCCCAGGUUACACCGCCGGGAAUCGCGAACCUCGGCUACCGCUUCUGGAUCAUCUGGGCCGUCAUCUGUGCCAGUUUCAUCCCCACGACCUACCUGUUCUAUCCCGAGACGGCGAACCGCACGCUCGAGGAUAUCGAUCGGUACUUCGAAGAGCACCGGAACAUCCUCGUGUUCAAGGACAAGGUCGCUACGCAGCUCAAGAGGCCUGAGAUGUGGGAGAGGAUGGACAUGGAGAUUGCACGACGUGCGGACGAGGAGAAGAUCGGAAAUGGUCAAGUUGACGUUGUGGAUGAGGAAAAGGGCGACAAGGACGUGGUUUACCUUGAGAAGUGA